AUCGGGAGUGUAUUUUGGUUUCUCUCGCAGUCAUUGAGCCUGAGUCCACCUGUCAGCUGUCUAAAGUGUAGACGGAGUUACGGGGCCGAUUUGCACUCUUUAGACUGCUCUAGACUGCUCUAGCUCGCUCUAGCUAGACUAACAGAGCGUCCAUUCAACGUUGACAAGUCUGUCACCAACCUAGAUACAGUUCAGAGUUGAUUUUUGAAGUGGUUUCAGAUUUUAACAUUUUUGAAAGUCGGUUCUUUGGAAGGUGUUCUUGAGUCGGUUUUAAUAUUCUUUGAAAGACAAUUUUUAGGAGACAAUCAAUAUGGACGCCCUAAUAGCGAGGAUAUCCAAAGAUUUUGCGGAUAUGAAAGAAGAAAUCAAAACAGACGAAGUAGUGGACCAAUGGCCUCUCCUGAACCCACUGAUUGUGGCCUCAAUCAUAAUCGGCUACCUAGUUUUCACAUUGAAAAUUGGACCCGAAAUGAUGAAGGACCGAGAACCCAUGAGUCUCAAACUACCCAUGAUCAUCUACAACGCAUUUCAAGUCAUCUACAAUUUGUGGAUGUUUGUCGCGAUGUUCUCAACACCAGGGGCCAUCACGUAUUUGAUAGAGAAUGUCUGUGUAGUUAACAGUGAUAAGCCAGCCGAUAACUGGGGUCAUCCUCUAUAUUAUGCUAUGUGUUCGUUUGGUUGGUACUACCUGGUGUCCAAAGUCCUUGAUCUAUUCGAUACGAUAUUCUUUGUGUUGAGAAAGAAACAGUCACAUGUGACAUUCUUGCACGUAUACCACCAUGCCAGUCUUGUCUUCGUUGGAUGGGCGUUUGUCAAGUUUAUUAGAGGCAGACAAGGAGUUCUGAUAGGAUUCAUCAAUGCAUUUGUGCACACUGUGAUGUACUUCUACUACUUCCUGUCUGCACUUGGAGAUGCUGUCAAGCCGUUCCUCUCAUGGAAGCCUUACAUCACCAAAAUUCAACUGUUGCAGUUUGCUUUCAUCAUAGCCUACCUGUCUUCCCUCCUUGUCUUCGACUGUCAACUACCCAAGGUGUACAGCUACUACAUGCUGGCCAAUGGCAUUCUCUUCUUCUAUCUGUUCCUCGACUUCUACCAGAAGACAUACGGCGGAAAGAAGGAGACAGCGCCCAAGAGAAAGAGGAAAACAUCCGAUGCUCAGAAGCCUCAGAAGCAGGUUGCGAUCCCAGGCAGUGACUUUUUCAAGGUCAUUACCCACGGAAUGUCAUUCAUGUGCUUCCCUGGUCUACAGGAUGAACUCUACAACGACGAUGAUGAAUCAUAGUGAAUCAAAUUCAUCCAUUCAUUUGCAUCUUCACUCGCAUCUCACAUCAUCGUGUAUUAUCAUUUCAUGACUAUUGUUAAUAAAUAUCAUUGAAAAAUGACGGAGGGGAAAAUUACUCCCAAAAUCUUCAGGUACUGUAUAUGAAUACAUAGUGUUCGAAUUAUGAUAGAAGAAAAAAUAAUUUAUAAAAAUAUACUAGAAUUUAAGGUUGCCUCAAUCAGGUACCCACAUCUUUUUUCUGUUCUAUAGUUUCAAUAUAUAUUAUCAGUUAAGUGAAUGAUUGUUAGGUACCUCUUUAUUAGCAAGAGUCAAACUUAUUGUGGGCCCUAAAAAUAUUUAAAAUAAUGAAAUUGCUUGAAAAAAUUAGUCAUCUGAAUUGAAUCAUGUAUAUGUAAAUAAAAAUGAAUCAGGCCUCUACAAAUUUCAUUUAGUUCCUCUGAUUUAUCUAGAGGUAUCUAUAUAAUAUAUAGACAUAAUAUAUACAGAUUAUUAUUCUGUACUGUUUCUUCAAUUUAAUUCCCAUCUUUCUUCUAAUUAUUUCCCAAUUUUUUUGUACUAUUCUCCAUUUUUUCCUUUUCGUUAGCCCUUUGCAAUUCAUCAUCACUUCAAAUGUUGUUUGUUGUUAUUUUUUAUUAAUAUUUUAAUUUCUACUUGAAAGCUACAAGUAGUAUGGUUUUGUUAAACUUUUACGCUAUAUACCUUAAAUUAAGAUGGCGAGUUCAAAGUCAUGAUGAAAUUGAAAUGUAUAUUGUUAAAUUUGAAAUUGACUAUGAUGAGUUAGAGUUGUUGAUACUAUAGAGUUGUUUAAUCAGGAGAUAUGAUGAGUCAAAUUGAUUUGAGUUUUGUAAAGUCAGGUUCUAUAAAAAAAAUAUGUGAAAAUUUUAUCUACUAGGCUAUAGUUUAUUACUUUAUUUUAAUAUUUUGAGUAAAAUAUGAGUGGAAGAUCAUUGAAGUAAGUAUAAUUUCAAGACAGUGCAAUCUUAAAAAAUGCUUCCAAAGUUUUAUAUAAAUUUCAUAAAGCUGAAUAAACAAUUCAAGGACGCAAUAGAUGAAAUUUGAUGAAAAUUUGGGUAUUAUCAUAGCCAUCUCUAAUUGAGAUGCCUAUGGUAUUAUAAAAUUGUUAAAAUAUCAUCGAUAUUUCAAUUAUUAAUGCUAUUGGUUAGCAUUUUCGGAUAUAUAACUUGAAAAAUACUAUACUGUACGGAAAAUUACAUUAAUGGGGAAAUCUUAUUUGUUAUUCCUGGGGAAUAAAAUUAUAAUUCAACUUAUAAUUGAAGCAAAUUAUGAGAGCUCAUCUCUUUCCCAAGUUUUAUCUUCAUGUAAGGUACAUAAUAAUUAUGAUAAAAAUUAUAAUUACUUUCAUUUUGAUUUGUCAGAUUAUAUCAAUUUAAUGUACAGGGAAUUUUUCAACUGUGAUCAUACUGUUGUUGAAUAUAUUUUUUAUGUAAAAAAUUGAAUUUGUACAACGAAUAAAUCGAUUUUAUUUAUGA